CAUUGUUGGUUUUAUUGUCAUUUGGUUAAAUUUUUUGUCAAGACAUCUCAAGUUUCAAGAUAAACAAUUUUUAACAUUGGUUUUUUAGUGCCGUAUAAAAUUUCUUUUGUUGUUCUUAACGUUCUUGGUGCUAUUCAGUUCAAAAUUCAAAAUGUUAUCAGAAGAACACAAAUCAGAAAAUAUUAAUGCGCUGGAGGCAAACAAGAAUUUAAUAAGAGAUAGAGGUGCUGACGACGGAUUGCUUUUGUCUCCCAUUGAUCUGGCGAUCGGUGUGACUCAACCGCUGCAGCUGGAGCCCUUGCGUUGGUUCAACUUUCAGGAUGUGCCUCUACUCAUGAGGUUAACAAACUGUGGGGAUACAGUGAUUGUCAGUGGGAAGUGGGGUAGAGAGAGGCCGUAUCUCAACGGAGGUGCUCUGGAGGGAAACUACGUCUUUUCCCAGAUCCACUUCCACUGGGGCUCCUCGGAACAUGAGGGCAGUGAGCACACAGUGCGAGGAAUCUGCUAUCCAAUGGAGAUGCACGUUGUAUUCUACAAAACUGAAUACCUAACACAGGCCGCAGCCCUGAGACAUGAUGAUGGCAUUGUUAUACUUGCCUAUCUGUUUAGGCUGCAGGCCCACUCGUCGCCCGGGCUGCACUGGUUGGCAGGACAGCUGCAAGGCGUAGCGGAGCCUCACACCUCCUCGCAAGUGUCACCUCUGCCUCUAGCCUCACUACUGGUGCCUUUCACAUCAGACUACAUCACGUACAGUGGGGCAGUGAAAAGCAAACAGCAAUGCCGCCAUUCUGUCAUGUGGCUCGUGUCCCGCGCUGCGCUUGCUGUGUCUUCAGAGGAUCUGAAUUUGUUCAGAUGCCUUCUGAACACAAAGAAAGAAGCUAUGGUAAAGAACUUCCGAACGACAAGCCCAGUUGCAGGAAGGACUAUCUUUCAUGUAAACCCUUCGACAGAUCUAAACAACUUGCUGUUGCCAGGAGCAGCUAGUCCUCCUUGCCAUACGGUGAUGGUACACUGCGCUCUUACACCAUCUGUGGAGCAGACGGAGAGAACUGUGUUUGAGAAAGGGGACAGCCACGAGCUUGCAGAAGAAUCGAUCCGAGGCAAAAGCAAGCCAGAAAAACAUACAAAGUCAAGAUUACCAAUUCCUGCAGCAAGACAGGGAUUGGUACGAAGCAAUAAAAAGGUGAUAGAAUCUCGGUAUGCAAGUUACUUUCGACCGGACACUGCGCCUCUAUACAAGACAAGACCCCAGACACCAACAGCUAGGCCUUCCACACAGAGAUAAACAGAUCAUAAUGUCUAAACAUUAAAUAUAAACAAACCUAUAAAUGUAUUGUAAAUUGUUUGUACAUUCUGUUGAUAUAGUAAAUUAUCUUUUAAAGAAUUUAA